CGAUAUAUUUACAUAAAUAUAAAUUAUAGGAGCAUGGCGACAAAGUAUCAGGAGAAUUCUUUGGACAGAGAAUUUGAGAAUUUUUGGUCAAAAGUAAAUUGUUAUGCAGUGAUUAAUUUUCCUUAUGAUCAGAGAUGCGAAUUUGUGAGAAAUGCCAAUAGUUGCGUAUAUGGCGUGAACUUUGUGCCAUAUAUGCAGCUAUUGUCGUGCGAUUUCAAAUGCCAGAACCGUUUCGAGGAGCAUUUGUUCGUGGGCUUCUUUAUGAUUCUGUCGUUUGAGCUGCUCCUCUUCAUGGGAUACGUGGCGAAUACUUAUUACUCACCAGCCUUGAAGGUGGUCUCUCGAAUGUUACACAUGAACGACCAUUUUGCGGGAGUAACGAUAAUGGCAUUGUGCAAUACGCUCCCGGAUCUGCUAUUUCAGAUAACGAAAGCUAGUGAUAAGGAAUGCGUAUACACCAACGACGUUGCUGCCGCAAUGUUUAUGGUAAUGUUCAUAGGUGGACUGGUCUGCUAUAUGACACCAUUUAAGAUGCAUCCAUUCAAUACGGUGCGCGAUCUGCUCUUCCUACUUUUCGGAUUAACGCUGUUGGAGUUCGAAUUGGUUAAUCAUGAUCGAUUCAGCUAUUCAGAGAUAUUCACAAUGACGGUCGUCUAUGUCAUUUACUUGAUUAUCAAUGUGAUUGACUUAUAUCUGAUCAAGCUUACUCUGAAAGUAUUAAGACGCGAAUUACUCAAACUGAGCGAAAUGACCGAUUCACCUGAGGUUAAUGCAAGAAUAAAGAACUUGACAAAUGAAAUAAUCAAACUGUCUAAAGAAGAACGCGUGAAAAUCGUCAAGCGCCGCACAACACACGCGAGGCAUCAGAAUUUCACCUUCAUGACGCACCGGCCCAAUGUACAUGAAAGAGUUGAAGUUAAAAAAUAUAGCAGCUCACGUUACCGCAGUAUGAACGAGCAUCUCUUUAAAGAGUUCCUCUAUGCCAUCAAACCCAUCAAUUUGGAAGAUUGGCACAAGGCCAGCAUGAUUUUUCGGGCCUUCUAUGUGGUGCGGGCUCCAGUUGUGGUCCUCUGUGCUAUCUAUAUACCACUAGUGGACUACGAGCAACCUAAGAAUGGGUGGUGCAAGCUGCUCAAUUGCAUCCAAAUAUUCCUGAAUCCAGCUGUGACAAUUGUAAUGGGAAAAUCUUUAAUAUUCAGAGAUAAGUCUAACUUGUGGUAUGCCAAUAUUCCAAAAGAUUGUAUAUACGGCUUGUAUUCUCUGGCAGCGACUGUGCCACUGGCUAUAGUUGUAUUUUGUCAAUCAGAUACGAGAUCUCCGCCCAGAUAUCAUUUGGCGUUCUCGAUCUUAAACCUGACCGGUUCCGUCUUUGUGAUAUUUCAGUGCACCGCCGAAUUGUGCGUAAUAUUCGAUAUGGUUGGCUAUCUCUAUGAUAUGUCACACCAGUUUAUAAGCGCCACCUUAAUUGCUGCUAUCAAUUCCCUUGGAGAACUAACAACAGUUAUAGCCAUGGCCUUGCAUGGAUACGAGCAAAUGGCGUAUGCAGCGACCAUUGGGAGUUCGUUGUUUCUCAUUCUGCUUCACUGCAGCGGUGUGAUCGCUGUGAAGACAAUAAUGGGCCAACCGGUUACAUUAGAGAGAAUGACCGGAGAUUAUGGUGAAAUACUGUAUGUACUGUUCGUAAUAAGUUUAUUUGCGACGCUUCUAUGGACAUCGAUGUUGAAUUUUAAUACGCGACGCUCAGUGGGGGUGUUCUCCAUGAGUAUCUAUGGUCUGUACAUAGUAUAUGCGAUUUUAAUUAAUAAGGCAAUCAUCAGCCCAUACAAAAAAGAUGGCUUACUCUAUGAUGCAUAUACUGAAAAGUAACAGCAGAAAAUUUGCACGCUGGCUCAAAUAUUCAUAUCAUAAUUGAGCUCCUAUUUAAUACAUCUCUCUGGGAUAAGUGACAACUGGCCAGACUGUCAAAAAGAAAGCAGUGUUGCAUUCACCUGACUGACUUUUUACAAGUGGCAGCUCUGCCGCAUGAUAUUUUUUAGUAUUUUAUAAGCCAAAU